GUUGCUUGACUCAUUCGGCCGUCGGAAACUUUCGCCAAUUGCAAAUCAUAAAUCUGGGCCGUGGCAUCCGCAGCCCCGGCGAGGGUGCACACUCGUCUUACUAAUGUCGAUAUCAUGAGAGCCUCAGGGGUAACAGUAGUGAGUAGGCAGGGCGGCUCGGGCGGGCCGUCAGUCUAGCGGUACGAGUCUUCGCCAUGAGAUACGAAGUAGCUCGGGAGUGGAGAGCCUCAGAUAACAUUGAACUCAGACAAAUCAAUGCGUGCAGGGGAUUUGCAUUCCACGUUCGGGCGGUAGUCUAAACGCCGGCCCGCAGGCGGCCGCAGCGGCCGCUUCGAAGGCUUCGAAGGCUUCGAAAGGGUUCUACCCUGCCUUCUGGCUCCGGAGUAGGCCCGUGUCUUGGCUCUCCUUUGUCUGAGCGGUGGAUGCCAACGGGGCCCAAGCUCCUGGGAUGCCGUACGUCACUGACAGGGAGAGCGGGAGGUCAGUGUUGAGAUUAGUCGCCGACGGGGCGAUGCCCAGCCAGAGAGGGCAGGUCAGAGUCGAUGAUAAAAAGCUUAAUCGCCCUCGUCUUGGCUGGUCGACAUGAUCGGCUCACAACAGAUCUGCACCAACAUUCUUCCCUCAACCCAUUGACCUCGACUCGACUGUCCGUAUCCCAACCUUCCCUGACCUACUACAACACACAAUUUCAUAUCAUUAUGGCCGCAACACAGUUCGAGGGCUGGCUCGGCAAGGAUGUGGAGUCUGCCAAAGGCAAGAUGGAGUGGGGCGCCUUCGAGCCCAAGAAGUGGACAGAGAACGACGUCGACAUUGAGAUUUCCCACUGCGGGAUCUGCGGUUCCGACUUGCACACGCUCAAGUCCGGCUGGUUCCCGACCCCUUAUCCUUGCGUCGUUGGCCAUGAGAUUGUCGGCACGGCAGUUCGUGUUGGCAAGAACGUGACGCAUGUCAAGCAGGGCGACCGCGUGGGCGUGGGCGCCCAGGCGCUGUCGUGCCUGAAGCCCGACUGUCCUGAUUGCUCCAGCCACAACGAGGUCUACUGCGCCAACGUGAUGGCGAGCACGUACGGCUCGGUCUACCCCAAUGACGAGGGCAAGUCGUACGGCGGGUAUGCGAAUUACAACCGGACCAACGGCCACUUUGUGAUCCCGAUCCCGGAGGGCGUCGACAGUGCCGACGCAGCGCCGAUGCUGUGCGGUGGCAUCACAGUGUACAGCCCGCUGAAGCAGAAUGGUUGCGGGCCGGGCAAGACAGUGGGCGUGAUCGGCGUGGGCGGGCUGGGCCACUUCGCAGUGCUCUUCGCAAAGGCGCUGGGCGCGGACAAGGUGGUGGGCAUCAGCCGCAGGGCCAGCAAGAAGGACGAUGUCCUGGCGCUCGGGGCCGACGCCUACAUCGCCACGGCGGACGACGAGGACUGGGCGACCAAGAACAAGCGCAGCCUGGAUCUGAUCAUCUCGACCGUGUCGAGCGCCAACAUGCCGCUGACGGACUACCUGGGCCUGCUCAAGACCAAGGGCACGCUGAUCCAGGUGGGCGCGCCGGACGACGGCAACCUGCCACCCAUCAACGCGUUCACGCUGCUCGCCAACGGCAUCAAGAUCGGUGGCAGCGGCAUCGGCAGCCCCCGCGAGAUCUCGGAGAUGCUCCAGCUCGCAGCAGACAAGAAGGUCAAGCCGUGGGUCCAGGCCAGGCCGAUGAAGGAGGCGAACCAGGCGGUCCUCGACAUGGAUGCGGGCAAGGCGAGGUUCAGAUAUGUGCUGGUCAACGAGAACGUUGGCAAGAACUGAUGCGGAUGGCUGGCUUGCUUGUGGCGUAAGAGGUUCGGUAGAUAAAACGUUAGACACCAGAUAGAGAAGGUCAUGUAUGCGUUACCGGUAGAUCACAGCUCUGGUCCGUUGUGAGGUGAGGUUGAAAUAGAAAUAGAAAUACGGCACAUGGGUGCCUGGGUACUUAAGUACCAAGACUAAGUACCAAGACUAAGUACCAACAUGUGCCAAGUUGCCAACCAGGCGGGCCGUCACAUGUGGGAAGCUUGUGUCGAAUGCAGGUGUGCGGCGUGUGCCUGCCUCUCAGGGUCCCAAGACCGGCUGGGCGGGCGGGGAGUGGGGAGGUACCCACCCCCGCCUCACCUCAUCUGUCCUACUCAUCAAGGUACCUACCUACUGAGUUACAGAUCAGGUACUAAAAGCUGACUGACUGACUGAUAAGGCGGCGACGACGACGACGGACAAGGAAAAAGCCAGUAAGGACGUGGGCCAGG